UAUGCACAUACUGCUGGCCUAAAUAGCAUGUUAGCAUCGAUUAGCUUGCAGUCAUGCAGCGACCAAAUAUGCCUGGUUAGAAUUCCAGCAAGUCAAUAACACCAACAAAGCUCACCUUUGUGCAUUCGCGCACAGCAUAUAAUGUUGGUGGACAAAAUGAGACAAAGAAGGAGUGACCUAAAACGCGUCUUUCUGUUGCAGCGCCGGAGAAACUUUUACACGUAAACAAACUGCGUGGUUGCUUGCUCUGCGUACCAAUCUGCUAAUUCAUUCCUACAUGAGCAGGUUUCAGCCUGGGAUAAUGACACAACUGUGACCUAUAAACUCCCCCUUGUGAGGGUCUUACACAUGCUCCUCAUCACGACAAAGGUGAAACCACGGCGGAUAUCUAUUCUCUUUGGGACAAGUAGCGGAGCACAUCUUGAGCGCCGCAAUCUUCUCCUCAAGCUGGAUUUCACCGCAAUGACAGAAGCGUCAGAAGCGGCGGCUGGGAGAAUGAAGGCGCGGGCCCCACCUCCACCACAUCCCCCCCAACCAGCCCCCCGCCACAUCCUUACAAACAGUGUACCUGAUGGGGGUGGAACACUGGCCCUGGACGUCAAAGAGAACCUGAUUAGACUGUCUGUAGAUUUUGAGCUGACUCUACCACAAGGCUACCGGACAUCUCUAACAGAGGAUGGGAGUAAGGCGCUGAUGGACUUGCUGGUUGAUCUGUGUAGCCGCUACCAUCUGAAUCCAGCACUGCACACACUGGAGCUGUUGUCACCCGAAGGCCACGCUUUAGGGUUCAAGCCCAACUUACUGCUGGGCUCCCUCAAUGUGGCCUGUGUCCUCAUCAAGGAGAAAGCCUGCGAAGAGAAAGCGGUGCUUCGCAGACCGGCACCUAAAGUCCCUGAGAAAACAGUGCGUUUGAUGCUGAACUAUCACAGCGGUCAGAAGGCAGUGGUACGGGUCAACCCGUCGGUACCACUCCAGGCCCUGAAACCGGUAAUUUGUGAAAAGUGCGAGUUAGACCCUACACGUGUCCAGCUCCUCAAGGACAGCAUCAGUCGUGAAGAGUUACCACUGGACAAAUCUUUAACACAGCUUGGAAUUAAGGAGCUGUAUGUUCUUGAUAAGAGUCAAGUUCUGCAGUCUAAACUGGCUUCCAUUCCUGCUCUAAACUACUCAGACUCCAUCUGCUCCAGCACCGCCAGUUUAGACACAGGGACUAAAAAAGGUCUUUUUGGUUUAUUCCAGCUUGGCAGGAGAAAGUCCAAGACAGAGACAACCUCUUUUGGCAUGGAUGACCCCAAUGAUAAAGUUACACUUAAUGCAGGCCAAAGCUUCAAUGGACUCCCCACAGGCAGAGGACAUCCAGGCAUUGAGGAUCACUACAGCACAUUGACCCAGUCUCAGUCUGUCAUCAACAUCUUCGGGACAUCUCCCAAGUCUGACACCAAGAAGCGUAGGGCUCCAGUACCACCACCAGGGGCUCCGACAUCAUCCAUGGGACACAGUAAUUUGGAGGCUUGUCAAACCUUCAAUGGCUCAGAAAGUCAGCAAAGGAAAAGAAAAGCUCCAGCUCCUCCUUCCACUCCAAGUUCCAUCACCCCAGAUGUUAACAAAGCAUCUGCUUUUUCUACGCCCACACCUGUUAACCAUGCAAGUGUAAAACCUUCUCCAGCCUUCCGCACCAACAUGACCCAGUCAACCACCGUCACUUCCACCACUGUGUCAACAGUGAGGCCACAAUCCAUGAGGAUUCAAGUUAAUCCCCCAUCUAGCUCCACCGUUACCCCUAAAGGUGGCUCCCCCACCCCAAGCAGCAGCACUUCUGACAGCCAAGUUAUUCAGGACUCCAGCUCUGAAGUCAGCCGGAGCCCUGAUGACUCCGAUCUUGACACGGAUGACACUUUAUCCCACUAUAGUACGCGGACCAGCAGCACUGCAAGCGGAUCAGUGCCGACCCAAGCCCCUGCAAAUACCUCCAUAAAGAAAAUGAGGGAACUCGAUGUGUCCAGCAAAUUAGUGCCAGCUUCAACUAGCAUCUCCAGGACAGAGAGUGAGUCAUUCCUCAAUCCUAAAGUGGAUGAAGCUGAGAACAGACACAGUGAACUGGGAACAGCUGAUUUGCAAGUCCCACCCAAGCCUCGUCGUUCCCCAGCCCUGGAACAUCCUCCCCUGCACUCCCCUUCGCUUGAUCCCAUAAAAAGCCGCUACUCACGGAGCACCAAGGAAAAGGAGGACUCUGCUUCCCAGUCCUGGCUGUACUCAAUGCAGAGCACUGCAGCUGAUGUCAAGGUCCAAGAAAAUGAAAGACCUGAGGAGGAGACUCUGUCUCUGGGAAGCAGCAGUAGCAGGGGCAGCAGUCUACCAGAUCAAGGUUAUGCUGCUUCUGAGGGAAUGGUUGAUGGUGAGGACUCAGGCCUGGUGAGUUCCCCAUCCGACACCUAUCCCACAUCCCCAGAGGGAAGUUUGUUUUUGGAGAGAAGUUCUAAAGAGGAGCAAGGAGAGAGACUGCCUGGCCCAGUCCGGGACAUUUCCAGUGACAGCGAUGAAGGAUGUGCCACCUGGAGUUCAUAUGAGAGUCGCAACAAACUUCAGGGUAAAUCAGGCAGAACAAAUGGUACCUAUGAAGAAAAAUAUAAAUGGCUCCAUCACACCAAUUUGGUGGCAGACAUUUCAGAGUGUCCUAGGGUUCCUGUGUCUGUAGUGGACAUGGAUAUACCCGUCACAGCUAUAGACGAAAUAGUGGAUGAGGAAAAUAUAGCAACAAGACCCACUGGCCCCAAGUUGUCUCACAGUAAAGGUUCAGAAGGUGCUGCAGAAUGGCGCAACAAAAACAAUAAUGCUUUUACAGCUUCCACAAAUAAAAGCAGCAUUGUAAAUUCUAGGCAUGUAUCUCAACCGGAGCAGUAUAGGACGCCACUGGAAAAGGCAGCAAUUGUGCAUACAGAUGAAAACACGAUUUGUAAAAAAACACAUCAAGCGAUGACUAAAGGUGUGAAAGAGGAUAAACAAAGACCAUUUGCAGAUUUUGAGUCUCAGGAACAAAGCAAACAUAUGAUCAAAAAUCUUAGGAGUAAUCCUCAUUGUUUACCUGAGGACAGUCCUGUUCUAUCCCCAGCCAGCCAUAGAUCAUUGUCCACAGAACGAGUAGAGACUCACAGUGUCUACCAAAAUAACUCCAGCUCUAUUUUGCAAAGGAAAGUUACUUGUAAUCCCACCUCGCGAUGUGGUAUGAAAACAUUUACUGUUGUUCCUCCUAAAGCCUCUGUCUUGCAAGGUGCUAAGCAAAAUGCAUCUGCAUCAAUAACUGCUAGUGCCAUUACAAUUGAAUGUGGUGGGGGUGGUCACCACAACAAUCGAGUUGAUCCAACACAAUCUUUGAUUGCCAACAGUGAUGGGGCCCCACUCAUAGGAAAAGCCAAAGCUUUUUGGAGCUCUAGUGAAAGAAAAGAAUGUGCUGGUUCUUGCAGCAAAGGUGUGAUUGACAAACCAAAGGAGAGCUUGGAUAACUUUAAAAAUACUCCCACAUCUAAUUCAGAGACUACAUUGACCACUAACAGAAGAAAAGAACUUGUGAAAACACAUAGACUAAAUCAUUCUGCAGAGAGUACCUUGUUCAAAGAGACUGGUCAUAAAAGGAACGAAUCAUUAAACAGUGUCUUUACAAAACAGCAUCAUGCAGAAAUUGAUAUUUUAGCACACGAAAGUAUUAAUCAGCCACCACAGGCUCAAGAUUUUUCUCCGUUCCUCAAAACAAACAGACGUACCUCCAGUCAAUAUGUGGCGUCUGCCAUCAAUAAGUACAUCCCAAAGACCUUCACAAAAACCAACAUUGUGUCUUUUCCUGCUCAGUCCUCUCCUUUAACACAACCCAAUGUUGCCUUUCGUUCAUUGGGUCGCUCCAUACAAGUGAAUCCACGACAGUCCUCUAAGAUCUCUUUGAUAGAUAAUAAGUUUGAUAAAUCUGGUAUGCACCACCCUGGUCCUGUGAGGUCCAAGAGCUACCCUGAAUUUGUGUCAGACAGCCAUAGUGUAGUCAAAGAAGACAAGGGAAGCGAUUUUGUUGAAUCCGCCAAAGAUAGCUUGUGGUCACUCGGGCCAGUCUCAGACAAAAUUAAACACUUUCAGUCAAGCUGUUCCCCACAAAUGACCUUGACUGAUGGCAAUAUUAGACAAGUUAACAGUAAUCGGUGUCAAAGCCCCACAGCUUCACAGAGUAGUCCUCUUCAACUAACUGCCAAACCACCAACCAAGUGUCUAACAGCCGAUGUUGCAAAACCAGAACUGUCAUGUCGAAAGUCGGACGGUGCCGACACCUUUGGACCUCCACCUGUGAACAUAUUUGGACCAGUUAAAAAGUUCAAGCCAGUGAUCUGUAGAUCUGUUGAUCGAGAGACCUCUCUGCACAGUAAUCUAAUGGAAGCUAUCCAGGCAAGUGGUGGCAAGGAUGGGCUCAAGAAGAUAUGCUCAUCUCGUGCCAGAAGCAAAGAGGCGUCUUCUAAUGAGAGUGCUAGGUCCGCUCUUCUUGCUGCUAUUAGAGCCCAGAGCAGCUCUGAAAGACUGAGGAAGACUAAAUCUGGGGCUGCUGAUGAGCUCCAAAGAUGCAGAAAUGCAGCUUUUAAGGAGGAACAAAGGAAAGAUGUUCCCUCAUCUCCCUCAACAGUUUCUUUGACGUGCUCUUCGCCCUUCUUUACAUCAUCAUCGCCUUCCAUACUUUCACCUCCACCACCACUUUCUCCCUUCUUGCACCAAGCUAAGCAUACCGCUGUAGCACGUCCAAGUGCAAAUGCCCUCACAAACCCCGCCUUGGCUAGGGAGGCUAUGAUGGAGGCCAUCCGUUCUGGAGCCGCUGCAGAAAAUCUAAAAAGGGUGGCAGUGCCCACAAAGACGGUCAAAGUGAACGGCAGACUGGGAACAAUCAAUGCAACCUCCUCCAAGCUCUCUUUGCAAUAACCAUCAACGCAAGAAAUAUUAAGUCUUUUUUCCUGCAGUGCUUUGGAGUGGACAUUUGUGAAACUACGUGUUUGUGUCACUGACAUAAUGUGUGAAAAAGGCAGAUGAAACAUUGCAAAUCUGAAAGCAACAGCAUGACCGGAAACAACGAGUUUAAGAAUGCUUGAUUUAACUUAGCUGCUGACAGGUUUGAUGUUUUUUGUUUUUUUUAAUUGAAAAUCAGAUGUGUUUCUCUGCUGGAAGUCUUCUCGGUGUCCAUCUUUGAUUACACGAACACUUCAACUUUUCAACAAAAUGUGCCAAUGAAAGCAGAAUGCAUUACGCCUUUUAUUCUCAUUUUUGUUUACCACAGCUGAGAUUUGCAUGUUGCUCAGUGUUAUGUACAUGAUGUAAAAAAAAUCCUAAUGUGAUGCAAUAGAUUUUACUUUUAAUUUUAGUUAAUGUUCAUUUAGAUAUUGUAAAGAAUGCCAACGAUCUGGAUAUGAUUCACAAGUGCCUGUUCGUUUAUUAUACACCAUUUAUACAUGCACUUGGUCAGUGUUUAGCAGCCAUGUUUAUAUUGAAAUACAGGAGAAGUGUAAUUUAACCUGUCUUUAUUUUUUUUAAAUAUUUCUUAAAUAAUAUUGAUUUGUUCACAGCGUGCAGAGUAUGUAAUAGCUUUGUCAGCAGUAUCUUAAGAGUUACUGCAUUUUUGUUUUUGUGCUUCAGUGCUAUACAUAUAAAUAGUUUACAUUUCAGAGUAGUUGUAUUUAAUUUAGGAAAAGCGCGGCCACCGCUGCUGCUCACUGCUCCCCUCACCUCCCAGGGGGUGAUCAAGGGUGAUGGGUCAAAUGCAGAGAAUAAUUUUGCCACACCUAGUGUGUGUGUGACAAUCAUUGGUACUUUAACUUUUAACUUUAAAAGCCGUAUGCUGCUAUUGACGAUUUUGAAUUUGAGAACUACUGUACAUGUAUAUUGAAUCAGUUUUCCAUAUUAAGAUUUGCAUGCUUGCUGCUGUAAUAGAUUAACAUUAAAGUGGAGGGAUUUCAUGUAGAUUAAUUUAUGUUCAGUCUUAAAUUUAAAAAAAAAAAAUAUUUAUGUUCAGUUUUAUACAAGAAAAAAGUUGUUUUUAUCCAGAUUAUAAAAAAAAUCAUUUUGUAUCAUUCUACCACAUUUUGUUUUGAGAUAAACCGAAAAGCCCUCAACUUUGUGUUGUAUAAUUUGUAAACAAAUGAAAACAUGUUAUUUCAUUGCUGGCUGGGGAUUUAUAUAAUUGUUUGUUUUUCUGAGAGGGUUGCACUUAGUUUGUCUACCUAAUGUUU